CUUAUCUAAUCUAUGUAUUUUAUUGCUAGUACAUAUAUAUCGAUAUAUGCAAAGAGAGCAGUUUCGAUUUGUUGUGUAAAUAUAAACUGUACAACUUCGUGGCGCCUCAAAAAGUAAUAAUUGCUAGUUAAGUGCUUGUAAUCAUCUAUCCGUCAGGACAGUGUAAGAGAAACGUGAUGGGCAAACCCGUGGAAAACGAGGUGGUACUAAGAAGUCGUGCCAAAGAAGUCAGAGCGUUGAUAAUCGAGAAUCAAGAUAUCGAUAAAGCCAUAGAAAUAAUAAAAGAAAAUGAAGCAAUAUUGACCUUCGACUUUGGAAGAAAUAAGUAUCUGUCAUUACUGCCCACGAUAAGAUUAGAGAAAGGAUUGAAAAAUAAGUACUAUUGUUUAGAAAAAGUAAUUCAAGCAGCAGUACAGAUAUACGUGCAAAAUGAAAAUUACGAAGAACUGGCCUUUUUGGCAGCUGCAAGUUGCGACGUGGACAAUCUCCAUCUAGCUAUGACAUAUAUUUUACCGGAAUGCCGUAGUAAAACAAGGGAGGGAGACACAAUCUUAUUAUUUUUCAUAAAGUUCGCGAAUUUGAAAAAUUCAAAAUAUAUUGAUACGUUGAAAAUAUUAGUGAACAAAUAUAAAUUGUCGGUAAACAAAGCGGAUUACAAAGAUCACUCUCCAAUUACAAUUUUGUUAAAUAAAUACGAUUCCUUACAACAGAAAGGUAUUACACAGUACAAUGACGUAAUCUUAAAUGCUGCUAGUGUAAUAUUAACACGACAUAACGUGGAUGUUGAAUUGCAUAAAUUAAAUGGUAAAAGUGCAACAGACAUUAUAAAAUUGUAUGACUUACAUGACACUUUAAAAAAGUUGCAAGAGAAGAACAAAGAUUUUCCCAGAAUAAACAGUGCGAUAGAAGACGAGGAAAAUAUUUUAUUUUCUUUUCUAACACAAAAAAAAGAAAAUGAUUUUUUAAUAACUAUUAAAGAAGUGAAGAAGAAUAAUAAAAACAUUGUUGAUGUAGAAGAUGGUAACAACACGUUACUACAACUGGCAUGUGAGAAGAAUCUUAAAGAAGUUGUUGCUUAUUUAAUUCAAGAAGAAGCCAAUUUAAGUAAAACUACGAAUAGAAAUCGUAAAACACCUCUAGAAAUAGCUGCUAGAAGGAAUUUCAAUGAAAUUUUCAAGGAGCUUCUUAAAACAAACAAAAUAGUAAUUGAUCUUAAUUUAUUUACAGUAUUUUUACUUAACCGCGGUAGACAAAUAAAAACGAAAUACUUUAAUGAAAUUUUAUGUUACGAUGGUCUACAAGUGGAUAUUGUUUAUAAAAAUGGAAACACCCCUCUGCAUUAUGCAAUCAUUUUUGAUAAUACUAAAGCCAUUUUAAAGUUGUUAGAUCGUGGGGCUUCACUUUUUAUACAAAAUUAUACCAAUAAAACUCCGCUCGAUUAUAUUAGUAAAGAUGAUCUAGAGUUAUAUCUCGACCAGUGUCUUGUGCUUGAUAAUUAUAAUACACCGCAUAGUAAGAAAUACGAAAUAAGAUUCGAUUUUAGUGGAUUGUUGCAAAAAGACCCUAACCAAGAGCUAAUAUGCUCCGAAGUAGAGAUUAUGUCAAAAAUUUGUUCUUGUGAAAAAUUUAAAGGUUUAGCAACACACCCCUUGAUAUCAGCUUUUUUGGAAACAAAGUGGAAUGUCACUGCUCCAACAUAUAACAAGAUUUUGGCAAUAUAUGGAUUUGUUUUUGUUUAUUAUUUUUUAAUCGCGAUUUUUGUUGGCCAUAUAACUUUUUUGUUCUUGUUAACCAUAUCUGUUCUAAUUUUCUUUACAUUACAACCCCCUAUAAAUCUGAAAAACAAAGAAUGUUAUUUUACAUUUUUAUUCUACGCCUCUUUUACGUUCUUAGUAUAUUAUUUAAUAAAAAACGAACAUAUUCGAACAUGCAUUUUGACAGUCACUUUGCUUUAUCAAUUUCUUCGACAACAUUUGUAUUUUUCAAAAUACCAAGCAGUGAUGGUCAAUGGGAUUCGAAAAAUAACGCCGCAUGUUAUAGCCUUGUUUGGUAUAUAUUGUGUAAGCAACUUCAAGGACUUUUUAGAAAAUUCUAAAAUAAUAUUUCCUAUAACUAUUUACAUGCUGCUAAUCACAUACUCAUUUAAUGCUUUAUUUGAUAGCGUUGGAGAUGUAGAACAUUCUUUUAAAACCCUGUAUAACAGGGACACUUUGCAUUUUAUAAAAUUUACUGAGUAUAUGUACUGUAGGUUCAACAUAUUAUUAAGCAGUCCCUUCAUUCGACAACAUUUGAAAACCUCCACUGAAUCUAAAAACAGUAAAAAAAAUAAAUUUUACUUAAACUUUUACCUAAACAAAAACAAAUUUGUUAACGAAAACUUUCAUUUCUUAAAAUUAGAUGCAGUAACUCAAAAGAGCUUACAAGAUUUUGUUAAUAGGGUUAGUACUAAAAUUAACCAAAUGGAAUAGAGUUGUUUUUACUUAUAUUAAUGAAAUGCCAAAUGUGUUCAUCAGAGGAAGUUAUUUAUUUUUAUUACUGUUUUUAUAAUUGUUUUUUUAUAGUUGUUUUUAUAAUGUAAAAUAAUUAAAAAAAUA